GGCGGCGCGGCCCGGGGACGCGACAGGGUGGUCGCAGGGUGGGAGCCGCGCGCCUCCCCCGCCCCCGCCCCGCGCCGCGGAGAUGAGCCCCGCCGCCGCCCUCCCUCUGCCCCUGGUGUCCUCGGAGCUGUGUCCGAGCUUGUGUCGAGAAACCCUCCAGCAGUGCCAGGGGGGGGCUUUGCCUUGUGUUCAUGGCACAGGGCGGGCAGAGCGGCUCAGUGCUGGCUCUCCCGCGAGACACGAAUCCGGACGCCGCCCGGAGACUUAAGUUAGUCCGGGCGCCCGCGUCCAACCCCCCCCGAUGCCGUCGGACGAAGGUGCACGGAGCUAAGCGCCUCCGUCCUGUCCUAAAGACCACAAAUCGUGCAAUAAUGGAGGGAACCCGACAGACUAGAAUCUCUCGCCCGCACAAAAUAAGCGAAUCCUCAAAGGUGUACCGAUGGGCUGACCACUCCAAUCUGGUGCUUCAAAGCCUGAAUGAGCAGAGACACCGCGGCCUCUUCUGUGAUAUUGUUCUGGUAGUGGAAGAGCAGCGAGUUCCUGCCCACCGCAAUCUCCUGGCCGUUUGCAGCGACUACUUCAACUCUAUGUUCACCAUUGGCAUGCGGGAGGCCUAUCAGAAAGAGGUCGAACUGUUUGGAGCCUCUUACAUUGGUCUCAAAGCCGUGGUGGAUUUUCUCUAUGGCAGCGAGCUGUCCUUAGAUGGCGGGAAUAUCGACUACGUGCUGGAGACGGCCCAUCUGCUGCAGAUCUGGAAAGUGGUUGACUUCUGUUGUGAGUAUCUCGAGAACGAAGUCAGCGAGGAGAACUAUCUGUACCUGCAGGAGCUGGCUUCGAUCUACAACCUGAAACGCCUGGACUCCUACAUUGACUCGUUCAUCCUGCAAAACUUCGGCACGCUCUCUUUCACACCAGACUUCUUGCAGAACGUUUCCAUCCAAAAGCUCUGCCAGUACCUGGACAGCAGCAAUGUGCAGCAGGAGUGCGAGCACGAUUUGCUGCAGGCUGCCUUGCAGUGGCUGACACAGUACCCAGAAAGGGAAAAUGAAGCUCAUCAAGUCCUGGACAAUAUCCAUUUCCCAUUGAUACCCAAGAGUGACCUCCUUCACCGAGUCAAGCCCGCUGUCUGCUCUCUUCUCCCAAAGGAAGCCAACUGCGAGGGGUUCAUAGAAGAAGCAGUGAACUACCACAAUAACGUCACGGCCCAGCCGGUGCUUCAGAACAAGCGGACGGCUCUGCGUACCAGUGAAGAGAGGCUCCUGUUUGUGGGUGGCGAGGUUUCAGAGCGGUGCUUGGAGCUGAGUGACGAUACUUGUUUCUUGGACACCAAAAAGGGGCAGUGGGUAGCAGAAACACCGCUCCCAGCCAGGCGAAGUCAUCACUGUGUUGCGGUGCUGGGAGGUUUCAUCUUCAUAGCUGGAGGCAGCUUCUCCAGAGACAACGGAGGGGAUGCAGCUUCAAAUCUUCUAUAUAGGUAUGAUCCCCGCUGUAACCAGUGGAUAAAGGUUGCCUCCAUGAGACAGCGUCGAGUCGACUUCUACCUGGGAGCCAUUACAGACAUGCUGAUAGCUGUUGGUGGAAGAAAUGAGAACGGGGCACUUUCUUCAGUGGAGACUUAUAGCCCACAAAAAGACGCGUGGUCUUAUAUAGCAGGCUUGCCAAGGUUUACCUAUGGUCAUGCUGGCACCGUCUACAAGGAAUUUGUUUAUAUCUCGGGAGGUCAUGACUAUCAGAUCGGUCCCUACCGAAAAAACCUGCUCUGCUAUGAUUAUCGUACGGAUGUCUGGGAGGAAAAAAGGCCAAUGAUCACAGCUCGGGGGUGGCAUAGUAUGUGCACCUUGGAGGACAGUAUCUACUCUAUCGGUGGCAGCGAUGACAACAUUGAAACUAUGGCACGCUUUGACAUCCUGAGUGUGGAGUCUUACAGCCCGCAGUGUAACCAGUGGACCAGAGUCUCUCCCUUGCUGCAAGCCAACAGUGAGUCUGGAGUGGCCGUUUGGGAAGGCAAGAUUUAUAUUCUGGGAGGCUACAGCUGGGAAGAUACAGUCUUCUCCAAAGCUGUCCAGGUGUAUGACAAGGAAAAGAACAAGUGGUACAAAGGAACUGACCUUCCCAAAGCAAUCGCUGGGGUAUCUGCCUGCGUCUGUGCACUGAAACCCAAAACAGAGGACAAAAAGAAAAAGACAAAAACAAAGAAGUAUUCAGAUCGAGGGAGAUGACUACCCGUGGAUAACCCCCCUUUGCAGGCAGAUUCCAGAGGAACCUUGUAUUUAAUCAUCUCUUUCUAAUUUUGAUUUUUAUUUUUUACGGAAGAAAGAAAAACUUCUGAAACCUUGGAAAAUGUGCAGACGGACAUUUUGGUUAAGGAUCAUUUGACGGACGAAAGUACCUAUGGCAGUGGGGUAGCAAAGGAAGUUCUGCCACCCCACUGUAUAUUUAGAUGUAGUUUGUUAACUUUUGUGGUUCUUGGCAUUUCCACACUUCUAAUAUUAAAAGUAAAAAGGCUGUACAACAAUUGGCCUAGAAAAUUAAGUGGUGGAGAGGAAAAGAGGACUAAGUAUUCUCUUUGAUGUUACAAUACAGAGAAGUAUAGAAAGAAUUGCUACUGAAAACUGAUCCAGAUCUUGAAGUUUGGUGUAAAUCCUGGUUUAUUUAUAUAUUUUUCUUCAUGAAAUAUCAUUUGCAGUAUGUUCUAAAUUAUUAGUAUGAGAUUUCUGGCCUGAGGUUUACUAGUGAAGGUAGAAGUGAAUACCAAGGCAACUUGAUGAGUGUCUAACUCUACUGUACCCUUAAAUUUGAGAGACUAUAAUUAAAUGACCAACGAGUGGAUGGUCUGAUCAGUGAUGUAGCAGACAUGGCUGUAUAGGUGACGUGGGUUCAGGUUUUUUGCCCUGGUGCAGUGAUCUGUAUGAUCCAGGAGAUGCAAUGUAACCCUAAAGUCACUGCUGGAAUUCACAAACCUUGUGCAACAAAAGCCAAUAAUAACUUUUGGUUUUCUUGGUUUCAUCUACUUUUGGUUGUGUCUUUAAAUCUUUCUUUGAACCUGAGUUUGGGAAGAAGCCACAUAACUUGGUGCUUGUUUCAAAGCAGUUGGAGUGGAAAAACUUCACCGUGGGCUUUGGGGCUUUGUUGAAAUCUGAAAGGUCAAAGUGAACUUGAGACAAAGUGGAAAUCUCUCCACGACCCUGUCUCACCAAGGGCAAUGGCAUGAAGAGACAGGUUUGCAAGGGGUGGGAACUGUUGCGUUCAGCAUGGGUUUUGCUGACCGGCAUAAGGGGAUCAUGUGCAGUAUGUCUAUAUUGCCAUCUCUCUCUCACCCAAACGUGUUUUUAAUGUGACUGGCAACUCCAAGUGAGCAGACUUUGGUUAAAACAGCAGUAAAGACAACACAACUUGGGUUUUUACUCAUGCUCAAAUUGCCUUGUUUUCCUGCUGUUUUAACCCUUUUAAAGUUAAAUUUGAGAUGCGCUUCUUGUGUCCUAAGAAGAGUCCAAGCCAGGACUCCAUCUGGGACACAUGUGAUUCAAGUGGAGGAAGAAAUGCAUUUUAGAAUGGCAUUGGAAGAAGUGACCUUUAUGCCCACCAAAGCAAAGAGAUUUUGAUUGAAAUGGCAUUGUGUCUGGAGGAUACAAUGAAACGUCUGCUGGAGGCUUCAAGGUCACCAGCUGUCUGGCCAGCUUGUGAUUGUUCACCCUAAAGCAGGUUACAAACCUACCUUGUGUUUUUGACAGGUUUGCAAGAAGUUCAACACCAGCAAUUGGAUUCAGCCCCUGCGAUUGCUAAAAUAAUGCCAUGCCACGGGUUACGAUUUCUAAUCCGAACACACAGUGAUUUUUAGAAAAUUUUGGAACCUUUUGUACUUUUUGAUAACACAUUUUGCUAAUACCUAGUCGCUAGUUUGCCAUAUGAUGUUACUUAGUCUUUUGAAGUUGCAGCUCUGUCGUUGCGGCCCUGUCGUUGUUGUCAGGGAUCGUCUUUUGGUGGCUCUUUCAGGUUUUACGUAGUAAGUUGGGGUGCGAUGUGGCUGGUCAAGCGGCAUUUGCAUUCGCAGUCUUGUCAGGCAGUCAGGGCUAUAAUUGAGACUAUUGUGAGGCCUCUUUACUGGCAGUUUAGCUGGUCAGAUGUGAUAAUAAAUGUUCUUUAUUGUCAGUAUUGGUGGUUUCAAGAGCCUCGGUCUAAAGUUCUGCUGGGCGCUAUUGAUGCAUUCCCCACCCUCCAAUUGCUUCCCAGUCUCCCUCCGCCCGUAUAUCUCUUUGUGCAACAUAACCCUGUAUUUCGGAUCUGCCUUUUUCCUGGUGUCCCACGUACAACUGAUGCCCUGUCUGCUUUAUCCUACUCCCGUAUAUUUACCUUAUUCACUGGAAAGCUCUUCUGACUUUUUUUUUUGCACUUUAAAAACGAUUCAUUUUCCACAUCAUUUGGAACAAUUGAGAGAUCUCUUUAAGAUAUAUGAAGAGCUCCUUCGCCUAAAAAGGUAGAUUUUGUGAGUAGCCAGCAUGCAAAAAAGAAACGUAAUGCCUAAUGACAUGAAAGGGUUAAAGAAAACUGUUUCAGGGCAUGUAUCUUAAAAACUCCUUGGGAUAUUUUGAGUGUCUUUUUGUUUAAAAAAAUGAUUACUAAAUUGAACGAGUUAAAGUUCUUCAUGUGCUGGAAUUCUGUUUUUACAAAUAUUGCUACGUUGCAUGAAGUAAUAUUUGGGUUUUUUUCAUUGCUCCUAAGGAAAAUGCUAGACUGUUUAAAGGAUAACAAAUUGAGUGAGUAGCAGGUUUACGUAUCUGACAUUUUGCUUGUGUUAACUCCUCUUUUCCCCUUUUUUGGCAAAGUUUCAUGUGUAAAUACACCACAAACAUCCUAAGACACUUCUUUGUUUCUCUUAUUGACUGCUUGUCACUGUAUUUUUGCCUGUUUUACUUAAACAUGCUCAUAUGUUAUGUUCUUGAUGUGUUUAAAACUUGAAAAAAACAAGAAUCCAGAUUAUGUUCAGAGUACCAGAUUGUAUUCUUCCUUGUGUGGUUAGUUCCUCCUUUAGUUGAUUUUUCAAGUCUUUUGUGGGUUCACAGGACUAAAAUCUCACCUGGUUGAAGGUAUUUACCUUCACUAACCGGAGCGAAGGAUCACCAGAAUCAUAGCAAAUUAGGGUUGGAGGGACCUCCGGAGGUCACAUCCAGUCAACCCCCUGCUCAAAGAUGGACCAGCCCCAGGCACAUCAUCCCAGCCAGGGCUUGGUUGAGCCAGGCCUUAAAAACCUCCAAGGAUGGAGACUCCACCACCUAUCUGGGUAACCUGUUUCAGUGCUUCACUACCCUCUUAGCGAGAAAGUUUUGCCUAAUAUCCAACCUCAACUUCCCUGGUUGCAGCUUAAGACCAUUGCUCCUUGUUCUGUCAUCUGUCACCACUGAGAACAGUCCAGCUCCAUCCUUUUAGGAACACCCCUUAGGGUAGUUAAAGGCUGCUAUCAUUCACCAGGAAAUGGGCAAGCUGGUUUUAUUACAGAGCAUUUUAUGAUAUCUUAUGAAUUAUUGCCAAAAAUAAUUUACAUCCAACUACUACUACUGCAGCAAUAGAGCAUAAAUGAGAAUCAGAUCCCCAUUGCACUGGAUGCCAGGUUACCAGGGUAAUUGUUGGCACAUUAUUAUGCUGAUGCGUUAAUGCACCAGGGCAGCUACUUAUUGAAAUAGUCUGAUUUAAUCUUUCACUCUGUAUUAGCAGGAUUACUACUCACUUCAAAGUGAACUGCAAGCACGGCUUCUCCCUUCUGAAAUAUUUUGGUUUAAGACUAAUGUCCUGGGAACUUUGCAUAAAUGCUCUUCCAGGUGUUGUUGCAUGUGGUGGCAGUCAAUGAAUAGGUCUCGCCAAAUUAUCACUUCUAGCCCUUAGUCACAGCUACAAGCUAGGGACAGAAAUUACACACAAACUGGUGUAAAGGAUCAGAAACCGGUUCAAAUCUGUCACACAACAAGACAUUCAGUGCGCAUAAACUGCUUUCAAAAUGGCUAAAACCAGUUUAAGAUAAAGCUGAGUGGAUGUUGCAUGAGACUUAACUGAGGUUAAAUCAGUGUAUUGAACUUCUGUCCCAGAUCCCCUCCAGAUUCAAGUUAACUCGCAGUCCUCCAGCAUCCCAGGAUGCUUUGCAAACCUCCACCCUGCCCCUCAAACCUCCCCUUGCAAGGUGGGUGGGCUAACCUUGGCCCAAGAUGUCUGCUCCAAGGCUAAGUAGAGAGAUUCAAAAAGCCUGAGGCUAAAUCUAUUCAGUCUUUGCAGGUUAGUCUAAAAUGUAGAGAUUAAACUGAGAAGCAAGUGAACAAACGUUCACUUUUGAUUCAGGAAAUGCAGCCACAUGCCUGCAGUGGCCCAGACCAGAAGCCGGGGGUGGUAGAGCAUGCCUCCAAGCUUGCCAGCAGCUGCCAAAGGGCAGGGACUGGAGCUCCAAGGCUUUUUCCCCCUCCCUGCUGGAGUGAAGCGGACACGGCCAGGCCCCAGCCCGGGGCUAGCACGCUGGAGGGAGGGGGUUUAAAUCCCUCACGGGGCCCCAGCCUGAGUCUGCCUGGGUGGGGUGGCAAUGGCUGCCAGGCUUCUGCCCCACCCGCUCGAAGGAAGGGUGGGUGGGGAAAAAGGUAGUGGCAUUGAAUUUGGUGCGAUUUGUCUCAGCUUAGGUAUUCCAGUCUCCCACCUUUUACAGGUUCUGCUUUAUAAUGUAAAUGUAGUUCUCUACUUUCUUUAGUCACACUAGCCCAAGUAGUCUGGGACCCUCUCCUGUUCCCUUAGCUCUGGCUCCAGCACAUACAUGUGAUGAUUGUGCCAGGUCUUUGCCAACACCUCCCAUCUCCCAGUCUGGUCCUGCAGGGUUGGCUCUGUUCUCACCAGUGGCGGGGAACCAGUCCUUCCAGCCCUGGUUCCCCAGUCUCUUCCACCUCCCCCUUGGCCUGGGGUCACUGAGGGGAAUUAUGCCCCCACCCCUUAUCAACUGCUUGCUCCAGUGUCUGCCAGAGAUGGGAAGGGGUGGGCCCUGCUGGUCUGCUGGCCCCCUCCCAAGCAGACCCUGGCUGGGGUCCCAUGCAGGUGGGAGAGGGGGUUUAAAUCCCUCUUCCUCCCCUCUGCCUGACCCUGUCUGCCCACACCCCCACCCCCUCUGCUCCAGCAGGAAAAGUCUGGCAGGGGUUGCCACCACCCCCAGGCAGGAACCCAGCCAGAUUUCCUACCCCCACCCCCUUGUCAGCCAGCCAUCACUGCUCCAGCUAGGGAGCAGAGGGGCGGGGUGAACCCUGCUCUGCUCAAAUAGCUCAGCCCAGCCCAGGGCUGCAAAGCAUCCUGGGAUGCUGGCGGACUGUGAUUUAACUUGAGCUAGGAAGGAGUCUGGGACAGAAGUUUCAUAAACUGGUUUGACCUAAAUCAGUUAAAUCUGAUACUACAUUCAACCAGGUUUAUCUUAAACCAGUUUCAGUCAUUUUGAAACUGGUUUAGGUGCACUAAACUUCAGUUAUGUUACAGGUUCGAGCCAGUUUCUGAUGACUUAAACUGGUUUAUGUGUAACUUCUGUCUCGCCCCCCGGCUUCUGGCCUCGGCCACUGCAUUCUGGAAUCAAAAGUGGAUGUCUGCUCACUUACUUAUUGGUUCAGUCGAUAGUUUAGGCUAACCUGAGAAGAUUGAAUCAAUUCACCCUCGGGCUUUUUGAUUGUCUGCACUUAGCCACAAGAAGCAAUCUCCAAAAUACCAAUAGGAUGCUUUCACCCAUGGGUAAAAGCAGGGAAGAUGAAGGCUCUGCAGAUGCCCUGUCACUGCAACCCCAGGAUAGUUACUAUAUGCUAAGAAGAUCCUAUUUCUCCUUGUGUUAGUUUGUUCCUUGACUUCCAGAAAUGGGGGUAGCGAAACCGUGUCCCUCUUCUUUUGAAAAGGGAUCUAAUUCAAAAUUAGAUCCCAAAUUCAAGUAUCGUAUUAUGCAAACAGACUAUCAAAAACUGUCUCAUUCCCUCCCAUACACACCCUGGUGUUAACAUGUUGGUAGCUUUUAUAGUGCUAAUAAAUAUGCCUUGAAACACCCCGAGGAAAAAUUAAGCAACUGUGUGAACUACUGUUUGUUUUGAAAGGAGGAGAAAGGAGUGAAGGAAAAGGAAGCCCUUCUGUUUGAAGUCGGGUCUGUCUAGGUUAUAAAGAAGUGCAGAGGGGGGUCAGACAGUUUUCACUGAUGUACUAAAGAUUCAUGGAAAUAAUAUCAGUGUGUUAGUGAGUGAUGCCAGGAGAGUUUUGGGCUCAAUGCCAAGCAACAAAAUAAUGAAAGGAAUUCAGAGGUGUGACAGACCAAAAGGUUCGUUGAGGGGCUGAAAAUCUUUAAAAGAUGCUACUCCGGCACAUGGUGGAGAAUGAACUAAACCUAAAGUACGAGGAGGAAUUAAAACAUUUCAAGAACAGGUUAGAUGGACGCUUGCCUGGGAUGCUUUAGUCAGGGAUGAUCCUGCCUUGAGCCAGGGGGCUGGAUUAGAUGACUCAUAAGGACCCAUUGUAGCCCUACUUUCCAAUGAUCUUACUUCAGCCAAACUAAAAGAAUUAGUUAAUAGAGAAUUGAAAUGUAGAAUAAAAGUGACGCCAGCAUCCUUAGGAGAUAGAAUUGACUUGUCGUUAGUUGGAAUUGAUUUGCUUGUUAACUUGAAUUAUUCCACAUUAAAGUGCCUUGCGUCUGUAAGCA